GCGUGGAGCCGCGAUGUCGCCGGGCGGAGGGGGAUCGCUCGGAGGCUGAACGGGGAGGCUCCGUCGCGCGUACGCCCCCCUCGCAUCUCGGGAUGUAAACCCGAAUUUAAUCUCCCCCGAGACGCGUCUGGAGCGUCGGGCGAGCUGUUGAGCGGUCGCUGACCCCUUCUGGGCGCUGUGUGAGGGUUUUCCCGGCGCGGCGGGGGGAUGCGCGGCGGGCGAGGGGCGGCUUUCCCGUCGCGGGGCUGCGGGGAAAGCUGCCUUCGAGGCUGAGAGCGGAGUUGGAAUGGGGGGACGAGCAGAGCUUGCGGCCCAUCAACUUUUCCAAAGCGGUUGACGGAUAGGUGCGCGUGCCCGGGAGCGCGUCCCGGCGGGAGCGGGGAGGACGCGCCCGCGGUGGGAGCUGCGGUUCCGUCAGUCGCGUUUGUUGUGGUGAAACGCGUUGAGGAAGCGCCGCGGUACCCAGGAGCGAGAAAUAUGGGACAGCCGAUCGCGAGGAGGAGCCUGCUUUAUUUUUUGCUUUUCUUUACCGCUGUUAUGGUUUACGAGGUAGAAUCGCGACGAGGCAGCCCCGCUUCCCGGGACGCGGCGAAGAUGCCUUCGUGCGCCAGGGACGGGGCUCCGUCCUCGGGAGCGCCCGAGCGCCCGCGGGCUCCGCUCAGCCCGUAGAGGCGAGGGCUCGGCGCCCCGUGGCUGCUCGGGGAAGGCGGACGCUUCCUCCAUGGGGUACGACAGAAGCUGGAUCUCGAGGAACGGCAGCGAGCAGGCUGUCCCCGGCGCCCUGGAGCUGCAGAACGCCUCGGCGGGGCGGAUGGCGUGGCCGGGAGGGAACGGCAGCGAGCCCGACGGCGCGGAGGGCCGGGAGCAGACCUACAGGCACUUCACCACCGCCGUGCAAGUUGUCAUCUUCGUAGGCUCUUUGCUGGGUAACAUCAUGGUGCUGUGGUCAACUUGCAGAACAUCGGUACUUAAAUCUGUUACAAACCGAUUCAUUAAGAAUUUGGCCUGCUCGGGGAUCUGUGCCAGCCUAGUCUGUGUGCCUUUUGACAUUGCUCUUAGUGCCAGCCCACACUGCUGCUGGUGGAUCUAUACAAUGCUCUUCUGUAGAAUUGCCAAGUUUCUGCACAAAGUCUUCUGCUCAGUGACCAUCCUUAGUUUUCCAGCCAUUGCUCUUGACAGGUACUACUCUGUUUUAUACCCUCUGGAAAGAAAAAUAUCUGAUGCAAAAUCCCGAGACCUUGUUAUCUAUAUCUGGGCCCAUGCAAUAGUGGCCAGCAUUCCAGUAUUUGCUUUGACCAAUGUGUCUGAUAUUUAUGCCAUGUCUACCUGUUCUGAAUCUUGGAGUUACUCCCUUGGCCACCUGAUAUACGUCGUCGUCUAUAACGUCACCACUGUGAUUGUACCAGUGGCUGUGGUAUUUCUGUUUAUGAUUCUUAUUCGCAGGGCACUGAGUGCCAGCCAGAAGAAGAAAGUCAUCAUAGCUGCCUUAAGGACCCCUCAAAAUACAAUUUCUAUCCCUUACGCCUCCCAGCGAGAAGCUGAGCUUCAUGCCAUGCUGCUUUCCAUGGUUAUGAUAUUUAUUUUCUGCAGCGUCCCCUAUGUGACUUUGGUAAUUUACCGCACCAUACUCAAUAUUUCAGAUAUUUCAAUCUUCUUGCUCCUCACUGCCAUUUGGUUGCCCAAAGUCUCUUUGCUGGCCAAUCCUUUGUUAUUUUUAACUGUUAACAAAUCUGUACGGAAGUGUUUAGUGGGGACAAUAGUACAGCUGCACCGAAGGUAUAGCAGGAGAAACAUUGUCAGCUCGGGUGGUGUUGCAGAUGCUACUCUGGAGCCCAGUGCCCGCUCGGGGAGCCAGCUUCUGGAGAUGUUUCAUAUUGGGCAACAACAAAUCUUCAAGCCAAUGGAAGAUGAGGAGAAUGAGACCAAAUCCAUUGGCUGUAGUGACUUUCAUCAGAAAGAAAUUCCUACCACCAGUUCAGAGGUAGGAGAGACUUUGGUUCACAAAUUCAUACCACAGACGACUGCAGACUCUGCAGCUCAGGUGGCACCAGCUGUGCCCACAGAAGCUGAUAUGGUAAAUGACAGAUAUUCCAUACAGUUUGGUUUUGGGCCCUUUGAGCUGCCUCCACAGUGGCUCUCAGAAAAUCGAAACAGUAAGAAGCGGCUCCUGCCUCCUUUGGGGAAUACCCCUGAAGAGCUAAUCCAGACCAAACAGCCUAAAAGUAAAGCCGAAAGAAAAAUCAGCAGAAACAAUAAAGUCAGUAUCUUUCCCAAGGUGGAUUCUUAGUAAGAACGGGAGCUUUAGUGACAGAGGAAAGUCACAUUCUAUUGUAUGUGUGAUCCCAUGGAUCUUUGUUAUGCUGAAAUUUGUUACAGACUAAUUUUUUUUUGUGCCAAUGUAGUUUAAACAAACGAACAAAUGGGAAUCAUAUACACAAGUGUUCCUUAUUAAUUUGUUUUCAUGAAAACAGUAUAUCAAAUGAUGGUGAUUAUUAGUUUUAUCUGUGAAAUCCCUGCAGUGAUAUCUGCCUGAUUAACUGCUAGAAAUUUUACAUGGCUUUGGAAACACUUUGUGUAGCUGAAGUAUGGAAAUACAUCAGUUUUCUAGGAAACCUCAUGUUGUAUUAAAACAGACUGGGUAUCAAAGUAACUUAAUAGGAGAGGCUGUAGGGAGAAGAAGACAGAUGCAAAAUGGGUAAAUCCUAAUGUCCUGUACGUGGACACAGCAAGAUACUGCACAUUUAAUUAAUCAAGUAAGAUGGACUAUUAAGUACAACUAUUUUCUCUUAAGCCCAGUUAAAUCAGUGUUAGAAACAACCCAACUUGCUGGACUUUUUUUACAAAUCAGUUACCAAGUUUCUGCCAAACAUCAGAACUUCUUAAAAACUCGAACUACUAUUUUUGGUUUAAAACUUCAAAGCCAAGGAUACCCAAAUCAUCAUGUGUGUCAAACCUGAGAAAGACCAUUUUUAUUUCAAAAAAACCUUACAUCCUUUUAGUUUUAAGUAAAAACUGGAUUGGAGACCAUACAGGACAAAUCCUGACUCCAGUAAACAAGUAUGUAUGUGCCAAGGGCAUAAAUAGAAAGAACAGUUUGAUCCUGUGAUAAAGGGCAUAUACAAAUGUCCCAACAGUGUAAUGUAUGUGUUGUGUAAGUAACGAAGGGGUCAACUGUAAAAUAGACUCAUUGCUACUGCACUUUGCUGUUUCCUUACGGGAAAGCUAGCAAGUGAAAGAAAUGGGUCAAGAAUGGUAGUAGAUAUGAGAAUAAGACUUGAUUUUCCAUUAGGAUAUUGCUUUAACGUCAAAAUGGAAAGUAACCUGGGGAGACCUAGGUAUCUAAGAUUUCUUGUUGGAAAAAAACAAUGAGCCAAAGGUGGUAGACCAUGUAGCAAUAGUAGAAUGCUGAGUGAAGAAGCUGAUAACGGACUCACCCAAAAAAGGUUUCUUAAUGCUGUUGCUCUACUGUUGUCAGAGAUAGGGAGAUUUCCUUCUACCUUCACAGAUACAGAUACCAACCUUUCUACUCCGCUCAUCUCACAAAGAUGACCACCCAGUGUAUGAACAUAAGAUUCUCAAAUCUGGUGCUGAAUUCAUGAGUGCAUCAGUCAUGCCCCCCUGGUACCAGCACACCAGCCUUUUUUGUGAGAGUUCAGGCAUUGUACUGUAUGUUGUACCCUUGUGUCAUCACAUGUCUCGUUUAUUCUGAAUGUGAAUUUUGUGUACUCACCUGAAGUAGCUUUUGUGUCUGUCAGAUGUCCUGAAGCUGUUGUAACCCUGACGUUUUAAUCCUUGUUCAGUUGCAAGUAGUCUUUCCUUCUUCCUUAAAUGCAUUCGCUGUUGUCUCUGUGGGUAGUUCCUUAAAAGCACAAUUUAGUAACAUCUGUGUACUCCCUUGUGGUUCUCCUGUACUUCAGCCCUCUGGUGCAUGCUGAACCUUUAUCCGUAGUUACUGCCUGCUUAUGGAAGUAAAGCAUACUUUGAAAAGGACAAAGGUAAAGAAUCUUGCCAAGUUCACAGUAACUUACUAAAUCCAACUGGUUAAUUUUAAAAGUGAGAAAAAGUUCUGCUGAAGCAGAAAUUAGAGAUGUACCUGUUCUUCCUUUGACGUGUUUGAAGAAAGUCAGCAGCUUUCAGUAGCUCCAAGGUGGUGGAUUUUUACAAGGCAU